AUGAACAGUAAAUACCGUAAACACCGUUUAACACCGAAACAUCAAGAUUCCCUAUGUUUAAUAUUCUCAAUUUUCACUGCAAAUGAUAUAAGGAACUUGAGUGUAACAAAUAUUAGAACAUCAUUAUCUUUUAAUAUUCUUGGACAUCCACUAAAGAAUGGAUUAUAUGACCCAUCUUUAGGUGCAAUGAAAAACAGUUCAGAGCUAUGCAGUACAUGUGGACAAAACGGUUCCAAGUGUCCAGGUCAUUUUGGUCAUAUAGAAUUACCAAUACCUGUUGUGAAUCCGUUAUUCCACAAAAUAUUGUCUAUGUUACUUAAACUGGCAUGUUUAAGUUGCUUCACGUUACAAGUGCCAUCGUACAUCAAAUUAUUGUUGUCCGCAAAAUUAAAAUUACUGUACCAAGGACAACUUUGCGAUCUUGAUGGUUUGGAUGAAGAAGUAACAUCCAUAUUAUCGAAUAUUGUUAAAGAAGAAGAACGAACAGAGUAUAUUCGUAAUGUAAUUGACACUUACAUGCAGAACUUCUUCAAUAGAAAUAAAUAUAGUCAAAACAAGAAUUCUGAGAAUCAAACUAAUAUAAAGAAUAUCAUUACGCAAUGGCACACAUAUAUUGAAAGUAUACUUAAACAAUAUGUGAGAACCAAUAAAGCUGGAAUAUGCAUGAAUUGUCACGAUAGUCUUCCAAAAAUAUCAACACUACAAAACAAGAUAAUGAUAAACAACAAGAAAAUUACAUCUUCUAAAGAAGUACUCUCAAGCAAAGUGGCACAUAAAUUGGAAACUAUUAUGGUUAUGCCAGAUCAGUCAAAGGAAUACCUACGAAAAAUAUGGAAUAACGAAAGAGAUUUUCUCAAAAUAAUUGUACCUUGUUUAGAAUUGGUAGAUAUUGAAUAUCCCACUGAUAUAUUCUUUUUCGAGGUAAUACCUGUGCUACCACCGAUCGUACGGCCGAUGAAUCUUCUUAAUGGCCAAAUGAUUGAACAUCCUCAAACUCACAUUUAUAAGAGCAUUAUACAGGAUUGUUUAGUCUUGAGGAAUAUUAUACAAACUAUCCAAGAUGGAGGUAUUGAUCACUUACCCCAGGAAGGUCGGCUUGUUUUCGAACAAAUAAAAGGAACUACAGCAGUUGAAAAGUUGCACAAUGCUUGGCAAGCGUUACAAAACAAUGUGAAUCACUUGAUGGAUCGCGACAUGAAUAAAACGCCAGAAUCCAUCAAUGGUCAAGGCUUGAAACAAAUUCUGGAAAAAAAAGAAGGUAUUAUUAGAAUGCAUAUGAUGGGUAAAAGAGUGAAUUUUGCUGCACGUACAGUUAUUACUCCAGAUCCUUAUUUGAAUAUCGAUGAAAUUGGCAUUCCUGAAGCUUUUGCCCGCAAAUUAACGUAUCCUACAUCUGUAACACCGUGGAAUGUUACCGGAUUGAGACGAUUAGUCUUAAAUGGUCCCAAUGUUCAUCCCGGUGCAGUUCUAGUGGAAAAUGAAGACGGAUCGAUACAAGCCAUUAAUAGCAACGAUUGUACGCAGAGAGAAGCUAUCGCGAAACGUCUCUUAAAAACGAGCAAUAGGACCAACGAGUCUUUUAUCGGUGUGAAAAUAGUACAUCGACAUCUUCAAAAUGGCGAUAUAUUGCUAAUAAAUAGACAACCAACAUUACAUAAACCGAGUAUAAUGGCUCACAAAGCACGUAUUCUCAAGGGAGAAAAAACAUUACAUCUUCAUUAUGCGAAUUGUAAAGCGUAUAAUGCAGACUUUGAUGGAGAUGAACUUAACGCUCAUUUUCCACAAAAUGAAUUAGCUAGAAGCGAAGGUUAUAACAUAGCUAAUGUAUCCAACCAAUAUCUCGUGCCAAAAGAUGGAACUCCAUUAAGUGGUCUUAUACAGGAUUACAUGGUGUCAGGUGUACGACUAACGACUAGGGGUAGAUUUUUUUCAAAGGUGCAUUACAUGCAAUUAGUUAGUAUGGCACUGCCAAUAAUGCAAAAGGACGUAGUUCUGUUAUCGCCAACUAUCAUUAAACCGAAAAUGUUGUGGUCGGGUAAACAAAUUCUUUCAACAGUCAUAAUCAAUAUUAUUCCCUCGCAUAAAACACGAAUUAAUUUAGUCUCUAGAACGAAAAUUAAUGCGAAAGAAUGGCAAGCAGAGACACCACGACGUUGGAAAUGUGGUACAAAAUUUAAAAAUUCGAUAACUAUGUCGGAAGCAGAAGUUAUAAUUCGACACGGAGAAUUAUUGUGUGGGAUAUUUGAUAAAAUGCAUUAUGGUGCAACUCCUUACGGUUUUAUUCAUUGUAUUUACGAAUUAUAUGGUGCAAUAUGCGCAAGCGAAAUGUUAAAUGCAUUUGGUAGACUAUUCCAAAUGUUUCUACAGUGCGAUGGUUUUACUCUCGGUGUCGAGGACAUUUUAAUAAUUCCUAAAAUUGACGAGAAACGUAAGGAGAUUAUUUCCGAGUGCAGAAAAACUGGCGAAACUAUUCAAAGAUCUAUGGUAGAAGUAUCUGAGGAUACACCUAUGAACGAAAUUCAAGCUAAGAUGGAAGAAUCUUAUUGGAAUAAUUCAAAAUUUCGCGCGCAAGUUGAUCACAAAUAUAAGAGCACUUUAGACGUUUAUGUCAAUAAUAUUAACAAAGUUUGUCUGCUGAUGGGACUUUUUAAGAAGUUCCCAGACAAUAAUUUACAGCUUAUGGUGAAAUCUGGUGCAAAGGGAUCUAUGGUUAAUACUAUGCAAAUAUCAUGUUUGCUCGGUCAAAGCGAAUUAGAAGGUAAAAGGCCACCUUUGAUGAUCAGUGGGAAAAGUUUAUCAAGUUUCCCAGCCUAUGAUUCAACACCUAGAGCAGGUGGUUUCAUCGAUGGCAGAUUUAUGACCGGCAUCAAACCCCAGGAAUGCUUUUUUCAUUGUAUGGCUGGACGCGAAGGUCUUAUCGAUACUGCCGUAAAAACUAGUAGGUCUGGUUACUUACAAAGAUGUUUAGUUAAACAUCUCGAAGGCUUGAUUGUUAGUUACGAUGCGACGGUUAGAGAUCACGACGGUAGCUUAAUUCAGUUUUAUUACGGAGAGGACGGUCUCGACGUACCGGGUUCGUGUUUUCUAAAAAAGAAUCAAAUCACAUUUCUAGUUGAUAAUAAAGAUUCUAUUAUGGAUGCAAAGUUAUUGGAAUGUCUAAAAGGAAAUGAUAAAGAGAUUGCGAAGACGAUAAAAAAGAUCAAAAAAUGGGAAAAUAAAAAUGGUUCCUCGUUGCAAAGGAGGAGGAUCAGUGAGUUUAGUAAAUUUUCUAUGGAGAAUUCCGAUCAAAACGAAGAGAAACAAAAAAUCGAUCCUAGUAAUGGAAGAAGCAAAGCUACGUUAUCGCUUAUCGAAAAGUGGGUAAAUGCAGAAAAGGAACUGAAAGAGUUAUAUCACGCACAAUGUACCAGAUGUCCCGAUCCAAUAAUGUCAAAAUAUAGGCAAGACAUUCAAUUUGGAGUAUUAUCUGAACAGAUAGAACACUUGAUUGAUGAAUAUCUCUCUUGUUCGACAAAAAUUAAAAAAUCUGUUUUGAGAGAUUUAUUAUCCAUUAAAGUUAUGAAAACGAUUUGUCCGCCUGGCGAACCAGUUGGUUUAUUAGCGGCACAAUCUAUAGGUGAACCAUCUACUCAAAUGACUUUGAACACUUUUCAUUUUGCAGGACGUGGAGAAAUGAAUGUGACUUUAGGUAUUCCAAGAUUACGUGAAAUCUUGAUGACGGCGUCGAAAAACAUGAAAACUCCGAGUAUGGAAAUACCAUUCCGAAAUAACUUGCAAAAUCUUGAAAAACAUAUAAAGAAGCUGAGAUUGACACUAACAAAAUGUGUUCUACGCGAUGUAUUAAAAGACAUUGUAAUAAGCAGACGAAUGGAGGAAAGCCCACACAGAAGAUUGGUGCACACUUUAAAAAUCAAAUAUCUUCCUCAUAAAUACUACAAGAAAGAGUUUUCUGUUCAUCCGCGGGAUGUGAUUAAAUGUACUGAAGAACAAUUUUUUAAAAAUAUGUUCAAAGAAAUUAAAAAAUCUGCCAAUAUUUCUAAAGUUUUAUUAAAGUUACAUUUUGAAGGAGAAAAAAGACGAAUAAACGAUGAGGACGCAAUAAUAGAUCAAAUUGAUCCUGACGAAGUUGUAUCGGAAAAUUCUAGAAGCAAAACACGGAUGGAUUUAGGAGAGAUGCACGAGUCAUCCGACGAGGAACAAGUCGGGGAAGACGCCGAUGCUACAAUGACUAAAUCAUUAUUGCGUCAUCGAGAGAAUCAAGAAUAUGAAGAUCCUGAAGAAGGGGAAGAAGAAGAAGAAGAAACUGAAGAUAUUAUAUUAAAUGAUAAAGAGGAAGAAGUAAACGAUAAUAAUAAUAAUGCAAGUAGAACUUCCAAGGCUGAGGAAGAUGAUGAUGAUGAUGAUGAUGAUGAUACUCGUAAGAAAUUAAAUCGUAGAAAAGAUAAAUUUACUAAUAGGAAGGAUCGUGUCUUGAAUAUGUAUGAAAAUGCUAUGGAUUAUGAUUAUGAUGAGAAUAAACUAUCAUGGUGCACAUUCACUUUUUGGUUACCACUUAAAACGAUCAGAUUGGAUUUGCCGACAAUAAUCAAGAAUACUGUGAAUAAAACUGUCUUAUGGGAAACAAAGUAUAUUAAGAAAGCUUUUACAUUUCAAAACAAUGAAGGCGAAACAAUUCUUAAAACAGAUGGUUUAAAUAUAGCGGAAAUGUUCAAAUACGAAAACAUACUUGAUUUAAACAGAUUAUAUUCCAACGACAUUUAUAAUAUCUCUCAAACAUAUGGAAUUGAAGCUGCAUAUCGAGUUAUUGUAAAAGAAAUUAAAGAUGUCUUCAAGAUGUAUGGCAUCACCAUUGACUCUAGACAUCUGUCCUUAAUCGCAGAUUAUAUGACCUUCGACGGUACGUUCAAACCACUUAGUCGAAAAGGAAUGGAGAAUUCCGCUUCACCAUUACAGCAAAUAAGUUUCGAAAGUUCGCUGGGCUUUUUGAAAACGGCGACAUUGCAAGGAAAAAAGGAUGAUAUAUUAUCACCUUCGAGUAGAUUGAUGUUAGGACAACCGUGCAAAUCUGGAACUGGGGCAUUUUCUAUUUUACCAUCAUUUUUUUAA